AUAACUUUCAACAGUUAGUAUAGUCUAGAACUCGCUGUAGAGCAAGUCGCAAUUGAUAGAGUCUAAAUAACUGUCCAGUAUAAUUUGUACAAGUUUAAUUAAUUUCAAAAAUAAUGUUUAUCAAAAACUUUAAACUAUUUGCCAUUUGUGUACUAUGCCUUAAUAUAUAUGUGCAAGCACGUUCCGUUACUCGGUUGGAUGAUGCUUAUAUUUCUAGAUCGGAGGACAAAUGGGUAUGUGAUAGAAUUGAAUGCCCUAUGGAUGCUUAUCGUUGUUUCGUUUCGAAAUCAAAUGAAGAGAAUCCCUCUGUUUUAAAACGUGUCAAUACUUGCUAUACUAAGGACAAUCAGGUACUGGUUAGAAAAGAAUUUGAAUCACCCGCUGAUCCUAACUCGCGUAUUCGAGGACAAGUUACUUAUUUAAGUAAUGACGAAGUAAUAUCAGCUCCUAAUGGCUUAGAAAAUUACGAUGACGAAAAAUUUAAGGCUCAAAUGAAAGAAGAAAGGAAUAAGAUGCAAGCCGAAAUGGCUGCCGAAAUGAAAAAAGUACAAGAUGAUAUACAAAAAAUGAAGGAAGAAAUUAAUAGAGAUAAUCAACAUGAAAUGGGAGAUUGGCAACAUGAUCCAAGUGAAAUGCAAUAUGAUUAUGAUCACGUGUAUGAUUAAUCAAAUGUCAUUAUUUUCACAUCAAUUAUUUGGCAAAAUUGUGAAAAUGUAUUUAUUGAAAAUCUAUUUAAAUUUUGUUGAAAUCUUAUAAAAAUAAAAGUUAUUGUUUAAAGCAUUAUAA